CAGUUUCCAGAAACUAAAAAGAUCAAACAGGCACGUACCCACCCAUGAUUGACACAGCAACACACCAUCAACAAAGAUAAUUCGAGAAAGGUGCUUUCUAUUUUGCUUGGCUCAUCCAAGCAAAGCAAAAGGAAGCGGAGCGAUGUCGGUUUACUAUCAAUGGAAGACAUUCGACGAGGACGAUGAUCGGCCGGAGAAGCCGCGGAGAUUUGGAGUGACAGAGAUGCGAGGUCCUCAGUAUAGUCUCCUUACCCAGAACAUGCUUCGAGAUGUUUUCGAGUCCAUGGGACAAUUUGUUGAUGGGUUGAAGUUCUCUGGAGGUUCUCACAGUCUAAUGCCAAGGUCUUUUAUCAAAGACGUGAUCGACAUGGCCCACCAACAUGACAUAUAUGUCAGCACAGGUGAUUGGGCUGAACACUUGCUUCAUAAAGGCCCUUCCGCUUUCAAAGAUUAUGUUGAGGAAUGUAAAAAUAUGGGGUUUGACACGAUAGAGCUCAAUGUGGGGUCUCUUGGAGUUCCGGAAGAGACACUUUUGAGAUACGUGCGCUUAAUUAAGAGUGCUGAUCUGAAAGCAAAGCCUCAAUUUGCAGCCAAGUUUAACAAGUCUGACAUUCCCAUUGGUGGCAAUAGAGCAUUCGGGGCUUAUAUGCCUCCAACACCUCAAAGCUUUGAACUCAUUGAAGAUAUAGACCUCUUGAUUAGAAGGGCCGAGAGAUGCUUGAAGGCUGGGGCAGAUAUGAUAAUGAUCGAUGCUGAUGAUAUCUGCAAAGAUGCUGAGUCUCUAAGGGCUGACAUAAUUGCAAAAGUUAUUGGACGACUAGGCCUUGAGAAAACCAUGUUUGAAGCAUCCAAUAGUAAAACUACGGAGUGGUUUAUCAAACACUAUGGUCCCAAGGUGAACCUCUUCAUAGAUCAUUCUCAAGUAAUCGGUUUAGAGUGCCUCCGAGGACGUAACUUGUUUAGGAUUGAUGCAUAAUAAUCCUUGUCGUCAGGUCAACUGGUUUGUAAGUGUACUGUUGUAAUCCUGUGAUGUACGUAUUAAUAAUGCUAAACAAGCCUCAUAUUCUAUGUUCUGGAAUGCUAAAUGUACGCAUUCCUUGUUAGAACUGGCUAUGUCACUAGUAAUUUUGUGGUGUUUAUACUGAAUUGCCAGACGUGUUAUUUCUGA